GACAAGGACAAAUCUAAUACCGUACCGGCAACUGUUGCCUGAACCCGUACAGAAACCCCCCCACCCCCCGCGCGACCAAAAAGGGGAGCUGAUUUACCGUAUUUUCACUUUUCUCCUCUCGCAGUGCGGUAAUGGCGCGCGGGGUUGUUUUUAUUUAAAAGCUGAGCCUUCGGGAAACAUCUCUUGGCUAACUUGGCCCUUUUUUUUUCACCUGAGAGGUGGCGCCGAGGGGCGUCAUGCUGUAAUGCCCUCAACGUGUCAUCACGGGUUUUGUGCUUCGGGAUUUUGGGGAUUUUGGUGGAAUGGAAAUGUUUGGUGGGAUUCUGGGCGGUGGAUAUCGCUAUGGUAUCACGCCUCUCUACUCCUUCGCUUCGCUUCGAAUCUCUCCGUUUGAAUUGGCUUGGUGGAAAUGGGGGGGGGAUUUAAUUACCCCUCUUUAUCUCUCGCUCUCCAUCGCUGGGCAAGGUAGCAUCUGCUGAUCUGACAAUUCAAUACUGCAAGCACAAGUAGAGCACGAUAGGAUACGGUACGGUACGACGCUGUGCCCUAGCUCUCCGGAUCUACCGCAGCUGCCUGAUACCAAGCGAAGCCCAUUGCGCGUUCCAAGACCCCUUCUCCCCCCCCCCAUUCCAAUAGGGGGGAGAAGGGAGAAGAAAAAAGACAAGCAAGAAGGUCCACUUGUGCUAAGUUACUGGUGUCGCAAUCAAACCUAGCCAACGAGCCAGAGCGGGCGACUGGAGCUAGUGCACGGAAGAGGCCAUAAAAUUUUCUAGGAAAGCGCCAUCCACUGAGAGCGCAAGCGCUGAAAUUCUUGGCCCUUGGCAAAAGUCGAAAAGGGAAUCAAAUCAUCGAUUCUCCUGUUCGGAGCCGGAGGCAGGAGAAUCUGAUACUAUAUCGGUACUGUCCACAAAAGCCCCCCCCCUCCCUCCUGGCAGUCGCUCAAUUGGUGCUCUACGUGGGCCGUUCAUCUGGUGCCGCUAGGGGAAAGGAGUGAGGAUGGAUUAACCCGGACUUUGGUCGAUUGUUUACUCGUUUCGGCCAGAGAAAAUCUCUUGCCUACCCGUCUACCGUACUUGGUCUGGUGAGCCCAUUGUUAGGCUACGCUACGAUACGGCACAUGCCGGUAUGUUGUACGAGUACCGGUACUCGGGUACAGUCUACUGUACUCUACAGUACUCGUACAGGUACAGCUUACAGCACGUGGCUUUUUGCCGGUUGGCAUGGGAAGCGAGGGGGACUUGGCUGCUAUGAUGGGUAGCUAGCUGGCUCGUUUACAGCACGAGUACUCGAGUACAUGGGAAAAGGUGAAGAGGAGGGGGAGAGGAAGGGAUAUGUACCCGUACUGUAUUGCCCUGCUCUGUGGCGGUUCAGCACGUUCUAUAGAAACCUGUUUUAUUGGGUCUUUCUUUCUGGACUUUUCUGGUAGCGCGUUGGGUAAACGAGUUUUUCUCCAUCAUCCUUAUUUCCCUCUCGAGUGGGAUGGUAUCAUGGUGCGGCGCUGGGGUUUUCCGGUAUGGAAUGGUAGGGUUACGGUGGUGUACUCGUACUGUAGUGAGCUGUGGUGAUGAUCAUGGGUGAUAAUCAUGAGGACGAUGAUGGCGCUACCGGUAUUAGCGAUAAGGGUCGGGUUGGAACCAUGGGGUUAUGAGGGUGGCGCGGGAAAGGGGAAGAGAAAAUGAGGUUGGUUGUGAGAGCCGCUGACUGGCACGAACGUUUAUCAUAUGGGUACAAGUAGGUACGGGGGGGCACUGUACUGUACCGGUGUUCUUCGCCAAACGGUUUUGUUUUCCAUUG